AUGAGUGACACUAUUAUAACCAGAUGUGACGACCUCCCAGAGCCAAAAGAGCUCGCCGAAGCCUACGAGCUCGAACUUCAAUCCCAAAAUGGCCAAACGAUCCGGUUCGGCGAGCUAGUCGCAGGAAAAGGAGCCCAGAUCACAACGAUUGUGAUUUUCAUCUCGCGGCGUCUCACCAACUCCGUCCUCUCGACCCUUCCCAACCCCACCGGCCCAUCGCAGCUCAUCAUAAUCGGCUGCGGUGACUCCCAACGCAUUGUCCCUUAUGUAUCGGAGACUGAAGCCACGUUCCCCAUCUACACGGACCGCACGGGGAAGAUUUACGAGAAGCUGCACAUGAAGAGGACGGGGUCACACUUCACUCAACCGCCCUCUUAUGCGCAGAUCUCUUUCUUCGGUGCGCUUGGAAAAACAUUCGGACAGAUGUUUCGGAGUGGGUGGCAGGCGUUUCGAGGGGGUAGCUGGGGGCAGAACGGCGGCGAGUGGGUGUUUCGAGGGGGCAAGUGUGUUUAUGUCCAUCGGAUGGAGCAUGUCUCGGAUCAUUUGACAGCGGACCGAUUGCUUGAAGUGCUCAGCCAUGAUGAGCCAGCUGAAACGAAGUAG